UGCCUAUUGUGUGGAUAUGAAGUUUGAGAAUGAGAAAGAUGGCUUCUUCGUCAAAUCCCCAUACAACAAAUACAAAGCUUAUGAUCCGAAUAUGGAAAAGGAGACGUUUUUCUUGACUGACAUGUAUAAGUCUCAGUUAAUCAAGGCAGACUUCGGGCCUUUCGAAGUUUAUCAGUCGGUGCCCAGUAUUUACCUCUCUGACGAUACGGAGUGGGGGAAUGUGUCACGAUUGCGACACCACUCACAAAUUGAAGACCAGGAGGUCAGUGUUCAAGUGGUGUCGCGUCCCACCGGCCCCGAGAAACCUGAACUCCAAAUUCUUGUGCACGCGUCAGAAAAUCCGGAUCCUAAAGCCAUAGACACACGUUUUGAUUACGCACUGCCAAAAGAUCCCAACCAGCAGUGGUGUGCACAUAUAUUCGUGCAGUACUUCUCUAGGGAGAUUUCCGCCGUGUGCGUUCUGAGCAGAUCAAAAGAGGCGUGUCUGGCCGAAAUUGUCAUCCCAACAGACUGGUGGAAGAGUAGUCUUAGCUACGUCGAUGUAUACUACGCUGUCUCGCGCUUGGAUUACAACAGGCGUUGCAUUGGAUCCUCUAACUCUAUCCGGCCAAAUUCUGUCUUUCGUGACUGGGAACAGGAUGAAAAAAUCUAUUUCACAAACAUCAACACGCUGAGCCCUAUUCAUAGUUACCAGGAGAAGAAGGAUCAGUUUGUACUGCUGUAUGUCCCCACAAAACCAUUCAGGCCAGGGGCAAGGUUUGAAGUUCCUGUUAAACUGGAAGCUGAAGCUAGUCUGCAAUCAUUUAUUGUCAAAGCCAAAGCUAGAAAUGGUUUAAAAAUUUUAAGUGCUGAAAUCAGUGCAAAAAGCAAGUGGACAAUUGAAGUGGACAUAAACAGUCAGCAGAGGAGUGCCAUGGUCAGGGCUUACAUCAAGGACAGCAGGGAGUACACCAAAACCCCAUGGGUUCAGGACAUUUUCAUGUGGUGGUUUGAAGUGGAAGAUACAUUAGAUUCACCUGUAGAGGAUGGCCGUAUCAUCUGGAGUAUAGAAUAUGAAAAUAGUGGGACACCAGAUGUGUCAGCCUCUCGCAUUGUCUCGCAUAUUGCCAUUGGAACAGAUGAGGAACCUGUUAAGGUUUUGCCAGUACUGAAGGUGGCUGAAAUUCUGAAUCUAGCUGUGUUGACAGGGAAGCAGCAGGUCUACCCACUCCAUGUCUACACAGUCAGUCAUGACAGAAAGGUCGUUGAGGUCACAGAUGCUGCAUCAUGCCACUCAGCUAACACAUCAGUCAUCAAGGUGUCUAAGGACUGCCACAGUGUUUACCUGGACGGCACAGAGACAGCAGGCUCAGGUAAUGUCUCUGUUGUGGUGAAGUUUGCUCAACAGACAGCUUACACCUAUGUGAGGGUGUGGAUGCCGGAGCAGAGACUGGACAUCCAGCUGUCAGAUGUUAAGCUGAGCCAGGUGAAGAGCUGGAGGGUGCCCACCCAGCCCGCAGACAGGACUGUUCUGUCUGAGCGCUCCACAAGCGCUGAUGGCGAUGUGGACACACCCAGUCAGCGUUGUGCUCUACGCUACCAGCAGGCUAUGCUUGAGGUCUAUGCCCGCUUCCACUACCCGCAGGCUGACAGGUCCAUCUUCUAUGGGAACAGCAAAGCCAAUUUCCGCAUCACAGACCUGGUAAAGGGCCGAAUCCGUGUGUCUGACCCACGCAUAGCUGAGCUGGACCAGGGUCAGGUGAUCAACGGGAAACAGCCAGGCAGGACCGAGAUUCAGGUUCUUUCACCAAGUGGUCGUGUAAUGGCCGCCAAAGAAAUCAGAGUCAGUAAAGACAAGGUGAUUGUGGAGCGUGCUUUAGUUACCUUGGUGACGGGGAUAUCACUGGAGAUUAAGGAGAGCAAGCACAUUGCCGGUGCGUUCACUGGCACCGCUCAUUUGCAUCACCAGCUGCAGGGCAAAUACCAGGAGGGCGUGCUUGAUGUUAUGGUGAAAUACUCAGACGGAACAGUCUUCCCACUGAAGUAUGUCCAGCCUGAGCAGUACCACCUGGACGUUAUCAGUCUGAACCAUCACCUGAUUGGCAUCACUCCCUACUCUUCCCCAUACCAGCCCCGUGUCAAGGCCCUCAGCCAGGGAAAGGGUAACCUGCUCAAGGUAUUGCUCAAGCUAGACAGCUCCUGCUACAAGAAGAAAACGAACCCGUUGGCGGCGACAUUUGUGUACGUUGACGUGGAUAUCGGUGUAGAGAAGAGCUACCUGGAAACGUACCAGAAUGACGGGGGGUUCAUGAAUCAUGCCAAUGGCCGUAGGAAAGACGGGCAGCCAUCUCGACACGAUGACAGUAGACAUGGCGGGACAGACCAGUCAGACAGAGAUCGCAAUUAUCACCGGCAAAGAGAGAUGUCCAAAAACACGCGCCCAGUCAAAGGAAAGGUUCAAGUUUAUCCUAUAGACAAGGACGGCACCAUAGAAAGUCCGACGCAGACCGGAAAUGACGAGGAUGAUCCAGAGCACGAGCCGCAGCUGCAGUUCACGCCUGUUUCAAAAGGGAUGACACCAUUAGAGAUUGGGAUGUAUGUCCUGCUCGGCAUGUUCUGCCUGGCCAUAGUCGUCUUUCUCUUCAACUGUGUGAUUUUUGUCUUUAGAUACCGUAAGAAAAAAGUGCCAAGUGUUAAUAAGGAUUUGGUGACAAAUGCCAAUGACUGGGUGUGGAUAGGCCGCGCCACCCUGGAACGCAAUGCUGUGACUAUGCGCUCUCCGCAAGCUCUCAUGCCAGAUUCGGAUUUUAAUGGCAACCACCAGUCUACUUUGUCUCGCAAAGACAGCUGCAGCGAGCCAAGUUCGGCGAGCAACCGAAACAGCACAAUUUCAGAGUAUAAAGGAUCUGAGUGUAGCAUUCGAAUAACAAACAACCCACUGGAAGAAGGUGAUUUAGACGAUGAGGGUAGUUUGUCACGAAUGGCCUCAAUUAGCCAGUCCUUACAGUCUGGGUUGGCAGUGAAGGAGCCUCAGUGGGACUAUGAGGCAAUGGGAAUGACUUACGAUCAACUUCUCGACUAUUUUGACAAUCUGAAAGAAUCCACAGCAUAAUGGCAUGCAUUGGAGGAGUUCAUUAUACAUGUAAACUGUACCCAGUUUAUAACUGUGAAGCUGAAUUCUCAUAUGAUAUCGGGUCCUGUUAUGUCUCAAGGUUACGCCAAGGUCAAAAUCAACUUUGGUUUAAUUUUUUUUAUAUAAGUGAAAAUCCAUUUUUAUGCCAAGUGACAGUGAAUUGAAGACAAAAUUGGAAUUGUGUCCAAUUUUGUUGAUGACAUUUGAGUUGUUAUCAAGGACAUGCACACUGAUGGCUAAGGACUGCUAGUAGAGAGAUAGAAAGAUGUUGUGAUGAACAACACAGGUCGUUGUACAUAAUUAUACACUUAUGUAUAUAUAAAUAUUAUAUCCUGAUAUGUCCUACCUUUGAAAUCCCAGACAGUAACCAAAAGUAGUGUUUAUUGCCCUAUCUUAACACAAACUGUAACUGUACUAAAGGAAAGUUUGCAUAUAGUCAUAUUUGUAUUGUAAGUGCAAACACACAAUGAGUUAUUCUUUUAUUGCCCUAAAUGACCUAAAAUUUUGCUCAUUUGUCCAGAUUCUGGGAGUUGUAGAAAGGUGCUUUAAGAGGUAUUUGGAAGGUGGGAGGAUGUCUUACUGGGAAAAUGCCAAUGUUAGCACUAGAGGUAAUAUCUCAUGGCAUUUAUUGGCCUCCAAAAAAAAAAUUUUUUGGUGGUCGAAUUUUUAGGUCAUGUAGGGCGAAUAAGUACAUAUACAUACUACAUACUUACUCCACAUUGUACAUGUUUUUUUGACGGCCUGUGCCAGUGACCUGUGCACAUUGUUUUCGUGGUGGCAUUUUCCAAAAGUGGCUUGUACAUGGAAUAGUCUGUUAGCACAUUUGUCUCCAGCUACACAUUUAUGCGAGUAUGCACUGAAUGUUUACACAGCUUACAUACACUGUACAUGUAUGUAUUUUCUGCUAAGGAUGAGAUGAGCUGUUUUCUCAAGGUUUUCUGUGUCUUUAUAUAUAAUGCAGUAUGCAUCCUUAAGUGUUAACAUUAUACAGUGCAUUUAUACACAACAUACACGUGUAUAUUCUGUGCCUAUAGGUUCACAAGAUGUUUUAUUAAUGGGUUGUGCUAUGGCUAUUGUCCAGUGCUAGUGGAUCAUUGGGGUGAUACAGGGUGACUGUGGCACCCAUGCCUAAUAUCAAUGAGUUCAGUGAUAUUGAGGUCAUGAAUCUCUUGUAUACAUGAACAACAGGUUUUUACAAUUUCUCAGCCUACCAUACAUGCAUGUGAAACGAGUCCCCAAAGUGUCUGACAACAUCGGCUAGUCAGCUGGUGUUAAUACAUAGCCGUACAAGUACGCACACUUUGUUGUGUUGCACAAAGCUAUUCUGAUUGACUCAGAAAGUUUGAUGUCAUCAACCUUGUUACAACCAGGCCCCUUUCAGGUUAAAAGAAUAGAUGCUGCUUGAGUGAUAGUGAAGCAGAAAUUUUGUUGAUUGUAUAAUGACAAAAUACAUACACAAUUGAUUGCUGUACUGGCGUAGUAGAGGCGCACUUGAUUGUCAUAAUGGCUCAGUAUGUACAUGUACAUACUUGAUUGCCAUAAUGAUAAUAGCACAGUACUUCCACACUCGAUUGCCAUAAUGGCACAGUACAUGUGCACUUGAUUGCCGUAAUGGCACAGUACAUGUGCACUUGAUUGCUGUAAUGGCACAGUACAUGCGCACUUGAUUGCCAUAAUGGCACAGUACAUGGGUACUUGAUUGCACAAUGGCUAUUUAUGAUAAAAUGCAGUGUACUAUGUAAUUAUAUUCGUAACCUGUAUACAUUACACUUGUUUGUAUCAUGGCAUCCUAUCAAAUUCGAAUUCUGUUAUCUUUUCAAGCUAAGAGAAAAAUUGUUCUAGGCCACAAAUUAUUUUGAACAUGCUCUCUAAUGGACAGAGGUAAAAUACAUGUAUAAUCAUGGAAGGCUUACUGGGCUUUUGCCUCAAUAAGUUGUCUCCCUUGAUGUAAAGCUGCCAGUAGUUGACGUGGUGUGCGAUUACACCUUGACAACCAGUUAGAUCCAAUGUUAGUGUCUUCUUCCAUUUGGAAUGACUACUAUCCUGUGUGUCCAUGAUUCUGUUUGUGAAGAUUUUGAUGAUCAUACAACGUUUUUGUCCAUGAUUUUGCACGGUACGGAUAUGAUAAUGUAAAGUCCCAACUAAAAACAAACUGAACAGAACAAAGCAAGAGUUUAUUUACUGUUUACUCUAACCAUUCAAGGAAAAUUUUGUUUUUUCACCCUUAAUCCUGAAUUUGGCAAGCUUUAUGCCAUAAUUGUGCCAUAAUCCUCAAAUAGGUUAACAUGCCAUACAGCUUUGGAUUAAAGUGAGUUGGACUUCAAUUGGAAGAUGUUCCAUGUUCCAAAUGAACCUCAAAACCCCUUUCUAAGAUCGAUGGAACUUGACAGAAGUUUGGGUCAUUUAUCUUAUGCCACUUUUAUCUGACCUCUGACAUUAAUCUUGUAUGAAUCAACUGGCCAAUCAAGAAGAAAGGUACACUGGUCAAGUCAGUUUGGACUUGUCCUAACUGUUUUCAGGGGAUUCUAACAUUUCAGCCCUUUGCUGAGAUACAUGUGGCAGAAGUCUGCAAUGACUCCUGAUAUUUGUUUUUCAUAAGCAAAAACUUUGUCUUUGUCACUCAUAUUGUCAUGUCUCAGCACUUCAAAGCAUUAGUUGUAAUUGUAUAGACCAUUUGUAUAUAUGUUGACAUUUAUAAAUGUGUGCGUACACGGAUCUGAAUAUUUUUGUUUACACAGUUAUACAAGGUUGAUUUUAUAACCUCUGUUCAUGUAUGUCUGAUCAUGUUAUUGUACAUCUGUAUAUGUCUGACCUGGCCAAGUUUUAUGAUGUUUCAAGAGAAUUUAGUAUUGUAUUUGCACUAUUACUAUUAUGUGUUAGAUCGCGUCCAGCAUGGGAGGAAGAGUGUAGAUCUGUUUACACAGUCCUAGCCAAUGGUAUUGGAUUGAAAGUAAGCUUUGUGAAAAUCUGUGGAAAAAAAAUACUUUCUUUUUGAAAAUAAGUUAACUGUCACAGUUUUCAUAAAGUUCUUGUACAAAUAUUGUGAAUCAGCCAAGAAAAAAAAAAGACAAAACAAAAAAAAGGUGAUCACAAAGAUGAUAAACAAAGGGUUUGUUAUAUAGGUUACAUAUAGGCAAAGUUGAGUUUUUCAGGGAAGCGUUGAUUUAUAGAAAUGUUUUUGUUAAAAGGCUUUUUAAGACUUUUUUGAAUGGUAUAUUGUCUCCCAGACACUAGCAUUUGUUUAUUCCUACCUGUACAAGUAAGCUUUUCAGACUUCAAAAUGUAAAGGGUGUCAUGCUUGGAAAGUUCUUACUGUGUUGGUGUUCUAAGGAAUGUGCUGUGCCCCAAAAAUACAACAGAGGUGCUCUGGAGACCUUUUUAGUGUAUCCCGUGGGGUAGCAUUCUCCUGACAGAUUAUACACUGCUCUCUAAGCGAAGGUAGAGAGCAAGUGUUGAGGGGGUUGCACGUAAAAUCAUCUCCCUGGCAAAACAAUAGCUAGUCAGCUAUAUUGUAGGAAUGUUAACAUGGGAUGCCCCCUUGCGUUUGCUUUAUAUCACUGCCACUGCCAGCAAAGUUUGUAUUGAAAUCUUACAACCCCAAGGUCACUGGAGUCACGGCGAUGAGAAAGUGAGCAAACAAACAAAAAGCUCGAUCUUUGAUUCUAUAUUAAUACUUAAUAUACAUGCAUGCUCUUUAUCUAAAGUAUGUUCUACAUGAUUCUAUUGGUCACCUGACUCAGUAUUUUAAUGAAUGCUGAUUAUAGGUCCGCAAGGAUAUCAAUGGCGAGACUACGCCAAAUCAAGUCCAUGUGUGUCACACAGGUUCCAGAGUUCAAACUUGGCAGUGGUGUAAAGGGAACGCAGGGAGCGACGCGUGCACUGUAAGGAGUAUGGGGCGAGUUACGCCACAGUAUUCCAAUAUGGCUGCCAAAAGCGGGUCCUGCAACUCAUCAGUAGUGGAGAACAAAUAGAUUAUGAAAGCAGAACAGAUAAUUCCCAAUGAAAGAAAAAAGGCUACAUAUAUCUUGAAAGGUUUAAUAGUACAUGUAUUUCCUAUACGUGGAGAGGGUGGAAAUGCUUCGUUAAAAAGGAAGUUUUUAUUGAAACAAAAUACAGCUAACGUGAAGCAUUAAAACAGGGGAUAGGUCAUAGUGCAAGCUUUACACCAAAGAAGAAAUACAAAAGGAGUUAAUAUAUGGGAUGGCAUUUAUGUAAAACCAAUUUUGGGUUAAAAUACUUUAAAAUAUGCAAUGUGAUUAGCAUUCUAGAUCGUAUUCAUGUCUUCAAUCUUACUUGCAUAAUUUGUCAUUCUCUUUCUGGUAUUAUUUGCAUGUAUACCGAAUUGUUAUUUAUACCAAAUAUUGAGUUUAGUUAUAUCUUUUGUUACUGACUACGUGUAGUUUUUUAAAUGAAUUUUUUUAGCAGUAUUUACAUAAUGAAAGCAUUGACCUAUAAAGUCAUUGUGGAGUAUAAAUUAUUAUAAUACUGACAAAAAAAAAACUGACAGAUAUACAUGUGCUAAUGUAUUGAUGGCAUUGCCACUUGAACAUGUCCGUAAUAAACACCAAUUC